AUGGUUUACGGGAUAUAUAAAGGUGGGCUUAAGCUGAUUAAGAAACAGAUUACUGUCUUGCAAAGAGUACCAAGAAGUUUCCAAUUGAAAUCUUCUAGUUUUAAUAAGUUUAGGAGUAAUAAGAAUAGUAUUUAUUUCUUACCUCGUAAACGAAUAAUAACUACUACAAGUUCACCAACAACAAAUUCAAAAAUGGCUACUGCUUCUAGAUUGACUUGGUUAUCUCAAUUGAACCCAAACCCUGGCGAACACGUUAGAAGAACCGGUAUCAUCGGUACCAUCGGUCCAAAGACCAACAACGCCGAAACCAUCGCCGGUCUAAGAAAAGCUGGUUUGAACAUCGUCCGUAUGAACUUCUCUCACGGUUCUUACGAAUACCACAAGUCCGUCAUUGACAACGCUAGAAAGAGUGAAGAAAUCUACCCAGGUAGACCAUUGGCUAUCGCUCUAGACACCAAGGGUCCAGAAAUCAGAACUGGUACCACCAAGAACGAUGUCGACUACCCAAUCCCAGCUAACCACGAAAUGACCUUCACCACUGACGACCAAUACAAGUUGGUCAGUGACGACAACCUAAUGUACUUGGACUACAAGAACAUCACCAAGGUCAUCAGCAAGGGUAAGCUAAUCUACGUCGAUGACGGUGUUUUGUCUUUCGAAGUCUUGGAAGUCGUUGACGACAAGACCUUGAAGGUCAAGUCCCAAAACGCUGGUAAGAUCUGCUCUCACAAGGGUGUUAACUUGCCAGGUACCGAUGUUGACUUGCCAGCUCUAUCCGAAAAGGACCAAAACGAUUUGAGAUUCGGUGUCGACAACGGUGUCCACAUGGUGUUCGCUUCUUUCAUCAGAACCGCUAACGAUGUUAAGACCAUCAGAAACGUUUUGGGUGAAAAGGGUAAGGACAUCAAGAUUGUCGUCAAGAUCGAAAACCAACAAGGUGUUAACAACUUUGACGAAAUCUUGGAAGCCACCGAUGCUGUCAUGGUUGCCAGAGGUGACUUGGGUAUCGAAAUCCCAGCCCCAGAAGUCUUGGCUGUCCAAAAGAAAUUGAUCGCUAAGUCUAACUUGGCCGGUAAGCCAGUUGUCUGUGCUACCCAAAUGUUGGAAUCUAUGACCUACAACCCAAGACCAACCAGAGCUGAAGUUUCUGAUGUCGGUAACGCUAUCUUGGACGGUGCUGACUGUGUCAUGUUGUCUGGUGAAACCGCCAAGGGUAACUACCCAUUCAACGCUGUCACCACCAUGGCUGACACCGCCAGAAUCGCUGAACAAGCCAUUGCUUACCAAUCUAACUACGAUGACUUGAGAGACUCUACUCCAAAGCCAACCUCCACCACUGAAACCAUUGCUGCUGCUUCCGUCGCUGCUGCUUUCGAACAAAACGCCAAGGCUAUCAUUGUCUUGUCUACCAGUGGUAACACCCCAAGAUUGGUCUCCAAGUACAGACCAAACUGCCCAAUCAUCAUGGUCACCAGAUGCCCAAGAGCUGCUAGAUUCACCCACUUGAGCAGAGGUGUUUUCCCAUUUGUCUACGAAAAGGCCGUCGAAAAGGACUGGACUUUGGACACCGAAGCUCGUCUAAACUUCGGUGUUGCCGAAGCUAAGAAAUUCGGUUUCUUGAAGGAAGGUGACACCAUCGUCACCAUCCAAGGUUUGAAACCAGGUGUUGGUCACUCUAACACCUUGCGUGUUUCCAUCGUGUAA